AUGGAUUUGAAUGAUGAGGUACUUAAGACCAUAAUUUUUUCGGACUUUAUGCGGAAACUAGCAUUGGUUCAUGCUGCAUGCCGUUAUUUGUGCUACAUUAUCCAUCAAAGGCAACGACUAAAAAGAAAACGUGUUCCCCACAUCCCUACACAAUCAACCAUAGAAAGACAAAAAGUUCGUGAUGAACUAAUGUCUCGACUUAGGAAUAGUAAAAAAUGCUAUGAUGUAAUACGCAUGGGUCCACAAGCUUUUCAAGGUUUGUGUGACAUUUUGCAGAGAGAUGGUGAUCUUCAAGACACACAGCGUGCCACGGUUGAAGAGCAAGUUGGCAAGUUUCUUCACAUGUUAGCACAUAAUCAGACAACUCGUACAAUGUCCUUCUUUUUUUGUCGUUCCAGUGAGACCAUUAGUCGCCAUUUCCAUAACGUGCUAAGAUCAAUAAUUAUGUUAGAGGAUCAAUUCCUUCAACAACCUGAUGGAACCCAAGUGCCACUUGAAAUACUACAAAGUAGUAGGUUCAACCCAUAUUUUAAGGAUUGUAUUGGGGCACUUGAUGGAACACAUGUUCGUGUCAAAGUGUCUAAUGAGGAUGCACCAAGAUAUCGGGGUAGUAAGGGUUACACAACACAAAAUGUCUUGGCAGCAUGCUCAUUUGAUUUAAAAUUCACAUACGUGUUACCAGGUUGGGAAGGAACUGCGUCAGAUUCAAGAAUAAUAAAGAGUGCUUUAACUAGAAACGAUAAUUUAAAAAUCCCACAAGGUAAAUAUUAUCUUGUUGAUGCGGGAUACAUGAAUAGAAGUCGUUUGAUUGCACCUUAUAGGGGAGUGCGUUAUCAUUUAAAAGAGUACUCUGUUCGUCCCCCUGAAAAUGCUAAAGAAUUGUUUAAUUUGCGACAUACGUCAUUACGCACUGCUAUUGAAAGAGCAUUUGGUGUACUUAAAAAGAGAUUUCCUAUCAUAGCAAGUACUACAGAGCCUAAUUAUUGUGUUGACACUCAAAAUGAAAUCAUUUUAGCAUGUUGCAUACUUCAUAAUUAUUUAAUGGGUGUCGAUCCUGAUGAAAGUCUUAUUGCUGAAGUUAAUGAAGAUGUUUUGCAUUCUCAUCGUGAACGUGUGGCCCCUACUCCAAGAGAAGAUGAUGAGGAUGCUAGGCAAUGA